AUGUCACAGAGAUACUCAGUCGACGAUGUGGCAGGUCACAAGUCUACAGACAGCCUAUGGAUUAUAGUGGAUGAAGAUGUCUACGAUCUCACAAAGUUUCAGGAUGAGCAUCCUGGAGGAAAGAAGAUCCUCCAACGAGUUGCUGGCAAGGACGCCUCAAAGCAGUUCUGGAAAUACCAUAACGAGGGCAUCCUGAAGAAAUACCAGAAGACGCUACAAAUAGGUUCUUUGAACACCAAGGCUACAGCAGCCCCAGAAAAGCAGGAAGAGUCCAAGGAGAUCGCGCAACCCGUUGCCGAAUCCGGCACCGUCAGCGCCGAACCUACAGAGGAUGCCGAAGAAUCUUUUGAGACACUAGAUACGUACGGCGACCUAAUCCCGUAUGCCGAUCCCAGCUGGUAUCAAUCAUAUCAUUCCGCCUACUACAAUCAAACUCACGCCGACCUUCGCGACGAGGUCCGCGCCUGGGUAGAGGAAAAAAUCAUGCCUAACGUAAACGAAUGGGAAGAGGCCAAGAAGAUACCGGAUGAAAUCUACAAGCAGAUGGGAGACCGAGGCUAUCUUGCUGGACUUCUUGGAGGACAUUAUCGUAGCGACAUCACGGGAAGAUCCGUCAAGUGCGUCCCGCCGAACAAGUGGGAUUUCUUCCACGAAGUUGUCAUUACAGAUGAGAUUUCACGUUGCGGUAGUGGUGGUCUAGUCUGGAAUCUCAUCGGAGGUUUUGGUAUCGGUGGACCGCCGCUUUUUGCCCACGGCAAGCCCGAGCUCAUCAAGCGUAUUGGUCCUGGUCUUCUCGCCGGUGACAAGCGCAUCUGCUUAGCCAUCACAGAACCAGACGCUGGCUCGGAUGUCGCUAAUCUUGGCUGCGAGGCCAAAUUGACGGAAGAUGGCAAGCACUUUAUUGUCAACGGCGAGAAGAAGUGGAUCACCAACGGCGUGUACGCCGACUACUUCACAACGGCUGUUCGCACAAGUGAGGGUGGCAUGAACGGUUUGUCCAUGCUUCUAAUCGAGCGCGAGCACGGCGGUGUCUCUACGCGCAAGAUGGACUGCCAGGGUGUGUGGUCAUCCGGCACAACCUACGUGACCUUUGAGGACGUCAAGGUUCCAGUUGAGAAUCUGAUUGGCAAAAAAGACCAGGGCUUUAAGGUCAUCAUGACCAAUUUCAACCACGAGCGCAUGGGCAUAAUUAUCCAGUGUGUCCGUUUUUCGCGUGUCUGCUACGAGGAGUCGGUCAAAUAUGCACAUAAACGUGUUACAUUUGGCAAGAAGCUCAUUGAGCACCCGGUCAUCCGCCUCAAGCUCGCACACAUGGCUCGCCAGAUUGAAGCGUCUGCCGCGUGGCUUGACAACCUAGUCUUCCAGUGCAUGCGAAUGGGCGAGAUGGAGGCCAUGUUAAAACUUGGUGGUGCGAUUGCUGGCGCCAAAGCUCAGUCUACCACCACGAUGGAGUUCUGCGCGCGUGAGGCAUCGCAGAUUUUCGGAGGUCUAAGUUACUCGCGCGGCGGUCAAGGUGCCAAGGUAGAGCGUCUGUACAGAGACGUAAGGGCAUAUGCUAUUCCCGGUGGUUCGGAGGAGAUCAUGCUUGAUCUCAGUAUAAGACAGGCAUUACGGGUACACCAGGCUUUGGGUAUGAAGCUAUAG